AUGGAUAUUCUCAAGGAAGGGGAUCAUCGGUCUUCGAGCUCGUCAUCCGGAGAAGCGGUGCUUGGAGCUUUCGUCCCGGCCCUUGUCGUUGCGAUACUCUAUAUCGCAGGAUUCGUUCUGAUCCGCAACAACUUCCGCAAAGUCUACGCACCAAGGACGUUUCUUGGGACCAUUCCGGAAAAGGAUCGAACGCCAGCCUCACGCGCUGAAGACUGGUGGUGGUUCAAGGAUUUUCGAAACAUACCUGACCGCUUUGUGCUGCAGCAUCAUUCGUUGGAUGCUUACCUCUUCCUACGGUUCCUCAAGUUCAUCAUUGUGGUUUGCUUUGCCGGUGCCUGCUUGACAUGGCCCAUUCUCUUUCCCAUCAAUGCCACGGGCGGAGGGAGAGCGACGCAGCUGGAUAAGAUCAGCUUCAGCAACAUCGCGAAGAAUGAUUAUUUAUGGACUCAUACUGUGAUCGCGUGGGUCUUCUUCCUCGGGAUCUUUGUGGUGAUUGCUUUGGAAAGACUACACCUGAUUGGCUUCCGUCAGGCAUACUACCUGAACGAAGCUUACUCUUCGAGGCUGUCAGCCAAGACGGUACUGUUCCUUCACGUGCCUGCACAUGCCCUGCAGCCAGACAAGUUGAAAGAAUACUUUGGGCAAGAAGCUGAGCGCAGCUGGCCUGUCAAGGACAUGGGAAGUUUGGAAGACCUGAUUGAGCAACGUAAUGCAGCCGCGUUUGGACUUGAGAGUGCCGAGAUGGAUAUGAUCGUUGGAGCUGUUAAAAGCCAGAAAGGCCAGCCGCACAACGGCACAACGUCUAAUGAGGAGCAAUCUGUUGUUCCGAAAACCAGUCGACCUACAGCUCGGAAACCACCCAUCGUUGGAUCCAAGGUUGAUCGCAUUGAAGCAGCCCGAAGCCAAGUGGUCGAACUAGCCGAACGCAUCGACGCUAUCCGGUCUGCGCCUUCCAGGAAUGUACCUGAGCAUUCGGCCGUAUUCGUCGCGUUCUCAAGCCAAGAGGCUGCACACAAGGCACUUCAGCAGAUAUCGUUCCAGCCGAGGAUCCCCAUUGAGGAUCGAUUUCUCGCCAUCCAGCCUAAAGAGGUUUUGUGGAAGCAGUUGGCCCUGCCUGUACAGUUGAGACUUUCGAAAGCCUCCCUGGCACUGGCUUUUGUGAUUGUGUUCACCAUCUUCUUUUCGAUUCCAGUUGGACUGCUGGGUACCUGGAGUAAUGCCAAACAGCUUGCUGAUAACGUCAAAUGGCUAGAGUGGCUAAAUGAUCUGCCUCCAGCUGUGCUCGGUCUCCUCACGGGUCUUGUCCCGCCGGCUCUUACGAGUUGGUUCGUGUCGUACGUACCAAAGCUGUUCAGACACGUGGCGAAGCUGUCCGGCGAGCCGACGACUUCCCAGGCCGAGCUGAAGACACAGGCUUGGUACUUCGUUUUCCAGGUUGUUCAGGUCUUCCUGGUGACGACCAUCUCUUCCGGAACAGCGGCGGUGGUGACAAAGAUCAUCAAGGAGCCAGGCCAAGCCCCUACUCUUCUUGCUGAGGGCCUUCCCAAGGCGUCCAACUUUUAUCUGACAUACUUCAUCCUCCAGGGCCUUUCCAGCCCAGCAUCGAACAUCGUGGACUAUAGCGAAACACUUCAGUACCUCUUCUACGAGCGUUUCUGGGACAAGACACCGAGGGAGAACUUUCAGACCUACGCACAGAUGCGCGGCACGCCGUGGGCUGCGUGGUAUCCAAAGUUCACGAACUUCCUGGUCAUUGCUGUGGCGUACGCCUGCAUCCAACCGCUCAUCAUUGGCUUUGCAGCUAUUGGCGUGUACUUUUACUACCUGAGUUACCGGUAUAACCUGCUUUAUGUGCGGCAGACCAAGAUCGACACGAAGGGCGAGGCGUACAAACGCGGUCUGCAGCAAAUGCCCACAGGUCUUUACCUGGCUGAGCUUGCUCUGAUUGGUCUCUUCAGUGUACGGAAAGCAGCUGCGCAGACGACGUUGAUGGUGGUGCUGCUGGUCAUCACUGCCACGGCGAAUUUCUUGUUGGACCGAAUGCUGCGUCCUCUGGAGCUCUACCUCGGCGUCGACAAGUGGGCUGAAGAGGCGCCGCUUCUUGCAGCCGAAGACGGCAUAGAGAAUGCUGACGACGGUGAUUUGCACGCCGCGUCGCACGGGCGACGACUUGGUCUCAGGCGACUACCGAACCCGAUGCCUCGAAGGCUCUCCGAUCUCUUUGACUCAAUCAUCACAUCAGCCCGAGAGAAGGCAAGAGGUUGGCUGGCACAGCCCGGGGUCGACAUGGAUCCUGUUGAGCUGAGCGAGGAAGAUAUUGCGAAGGCGUAUAUUGCACCCGCCUUUACGUCGAAGACACCAAAAGUUUGGCUUCCGCGUGAUAAGCUGGGCGUAUCGAAACAGGAGAUCGAGGAGAAUGCGGCUGCUGGGAUACAGACUACCGAUGAGUCUGCUGAAAUCGACGAGAACGGAAAGUUGCAUUGGGAUCAUAAUUUCGAGAAUGUCCCUGUCUUCUCUCCGCCGAAGACGAUAUGA